UGAGCUGAGCGGGCGGCGCCCUCGCCUUGGCAGCAGCCCGGAGCCCGGCCGCCGCGCUGGCUCUCGCCUCCCUUCGGCGAUGCCCGACGAAGCCGCGGAAAGCGCGCCUCCCGCCUCGGCGCCCGCGCGCGUCUCCUCCUUUUUCAUCGCGAAUCUGCUGGCCGCCAAAGCCCAGGACGAGCAGCGGCCGGACGGCGCCGACGAGGAGCGCCAAGCGCGGCGGGCGCGCGGCGGCGGCUUCGCAGGCAGCCAUUGUUCGCUCGCCUGCUGCCCGUGCCAGGCUUCCCGCUUCGGGCUCGGGCUGCGCGGCUACCCGCUCCGGGAGAGCACCGUGGACUGGUACAGAAGAGCGCACGUGGCUUUCAUAGGCUGCGCCAGUCCGGAAACCAGCGACAGAGACUCUCCGGAGAUCUCCGAGGAGGCAUCUCCCGGGAAGGAAGCAGCAGCAGCAGUAGGAGGCGGCAGCGGCUGCUGCGAGAAAGUGGCCGCGGAGCUGAGCCCCGGCGCGAAAAGCGAGGACUUGGCGUGCAGCGGCGGCGCACGGGAAGGCGGUAGCGGCAGCCAGGGCAGCAGCCUGGACGAGGAGCGCGCGGAGGAGUCGGAGGGCGGUGAGGCGCGCGGCGGUGGCGGGCGCAAGAAGAAGACGCGCACCGUCUUUAGCCGGAGCCAGGUCUUCCAGCUGGAGUCGACCUUCGACGUGAAGCGCUACCUGAGCAGCUCGGAGCGGGCCGGCCUGGCCGCCUCGCUGCACCUCACCGAGACGCAGGUGAAGAUCUGGUUCCAGAACCGCCGCAACAAGUGGAAGAGGCAGCUGGCGGCAGACCUGGAAGCCGCCAACCUCCCGCAUACGGCGGCGCAAAGGAUAGUCCGCGUGCCCAUUUUGUACCAUGAGAACUCGCUGGCGGGCGGUGCGCUGGGCUGCUUCCCUCUGCCGCCUCCCGCGCACGCCUCUCCGCCGCUGGUCGCCGUCUCCGGCAGCGUCGCCUACCCGCUAGCGACCUUCCCUGCGGCCUCGGCGCCCUUCCUCCGCUCGCAAGUGACUGGCCUCGUUUGAUCCUCUCCCGCCUGGACACCGCUUUCCUUUCUGGGUCAAACUACUUGAUUGGAUGCUUUUGAUUGUUUUAAAGGUGCAAUAAACUUAUAUAUUUUC